ACUGGUGAAGGGAUGGGUGUUUGAGUAUUGUAUAACUGAGACAUAAGCCUGAGAACUUUGUAACUUUCCACAUGGUGAUUCAAUAAAAUAAAACACACACACAAUAAAAAUGAUAUGAAAUAGAUAAAUCUUGCAAAUGCAACUUUUAGUAAGAGUAAAAAGAAUUAAGAAAAGGUUCUGUGUGUGGUGGGGGGUAGAAAUCAGAACUCGAGGCUCUGCUCUUUGCUUCUGGGGCCCUGAUGUUGGCCUCAGUAUCCCCUGCUGAGCUAUCCCUUGGUCCCUGCUUCAUGUGUCCUUCCCAGGAGGAGACUGAAUUAACACUAAAUGGUCCCUGGGGGUUGGCAGCGAAGGUCUCAGAAGUGAAGUUGUGGGUCCAUCUGUGACCCCUUUCCUCGGGUGCUGAGCUAAGCCAGCUGCGGGCAUCUGUGUCCCUUCUCCACCCCGCUCUGGUCUCCCCCUGGGUCUCCUGGGCACCCUGGGCACUGUCCCAGGGCUGAUGACUGCACCUUUCCUCCAUCAUACAGGCCUGUCUGUGGCUGCAGCCGGGCCUGGACACUCCUGCACUGCCCUGGCCAUGCUCCUAGUGAGCUCUGCUGCUCCCUGACGGUUGCUCUCAUAAGGCCGUGCUUAAACGACGAAAUCUGUAUUUAUGGAUUUAAUAACUGCUGGAGAAUUAUUCAUGCGGAGGCCAGUGUAUUCCUUCAAAGGGCAGAGUGAGAAAAUAAAAACAAAGGCCUCCUGCGUCUCCUCUCCACAUAGAGGGGAGGCAGGUCUAGAGAGAAGCCCGAGGGUGGCCUUGGGGUCUCAGCUCUAACUGCCUCUAAGGCUGCCCCUGACUUACGCUGCACACCCCAGGCCAGCAAACCCGUUCUUCUAGGAAUUUCUACAGCAUGCUCACCUGCUCUGGGGAAGGCAGGCUUGCUGGGGGAGAGGGCCCCAGGACAGCAGCGACCCUCGUUUCACCCCUGCAACACAACCAGGAAUGAUCCCUGAGCACAGAGCUGGGAGUAGUCUCUUAACAGCUGGGUACAACUGAACCCCCUGCAUCCUGCCUCUCCACCCAACAGAGAAUGAAUCGGGCACUGGAUAGAAGAGACGGGCAGCAGGGUGGGGCAGACGGUCCUGUCUUCCAGUCUCCCCCGGGCAUACUCCAUGUUGGUCUGCAGAUUCUGCAGAAUGCUGAAUCCUUAGCUGAAUAACUCUCUUUGCUUAUUCAUUUUAUUUCAUUGCAUUAAUUUGAUUUUGGCGGUGCUCAGGACUUUCUCCUGACUGCUCAGGAGUCACUCCUGGUAGUGUUUGAAGGAUCCUACGUGGUACUGGGACCAUCUACAGGGCCUUACCAACUGUUCUAGCUCUCAGAUCACUUAGUUUAUUCCUGUUUGUUUAUUUGGGGGCCCUCCCCAUUGGUGUUGGGGAUCUGGUAGACUCAGAUUAGCAUGAGAGGGUUCAUUUCUUGUCUAACAUCCCGUCCGGAGGGAAUCACUGCAGCCCUGCACAGACAGGUGGGCCCGUAGCUUCAGCUUUGCAACUAUGCCCUGCACUGGAACCACAGGAAUCCCUAGAACAGCCUCACACUCCCUCUAGUGAUGCUCCAUGAAUGCUGUGCCUUAACUGGUGCCGAGGAAGCAGGUCUUGGUUUAUGGCCACUGUCCGCUGACAAUGGGUGGUUUCCACCCCUGCAAUCCCUGUCCAGUAACCUGCAUUCUUUUUGUAUUGAGGCCCUGUAAUUUACAAUACAUUCACUGUAUCAUGUAUCACGGUCAUCCCGUUGAUCAUUGAUUUGCUCAAGCGGGUGCCAGUAAUGUCUCCAUUCAUCCUAGCCCUGAGAUUUUAGCAGCCUCUCUUUACUCAUUCUUCCCAGUGGUGCCACAUUGGAGGCUCUUUCAGGGUAAGGGGAAUGAUACCUAUCAUUGUUACUGUAUUUGGCAUAUCAAAUACACCACGGAGAGCUUGCCAGGCUCUGUGUGCAGGCAGGAUGCUCUUGGUACCUUGCCAGGUUCUCUGAGAGGGAGAACUAGGCUAUAAGUGGUCCUGGAGCAUUGUUUUAUAGUCUCUGGAUCUUGGCCGUUGAUGGGAUUACACGGUGCUGGGGGCAGUUUGUGGGUGUAGCUGCCAAACUACUGGAAAAUGGGGGGUCUGGGUGGAGGAGGCCCAGUCCCGAUUUGAGCAGGCUUGGACAUCUCAGCCCCGAGUCCUGCACACCUGGGUUCCUCUGCCGAUUCCUUCAUGUGUGAGGCUCGUCCGAACGUGUGGAGAGGGGCCUUGAGCAUGGCUGUGGCUGGGUUCCAGAGGUCUUCAGCUGCCGGGGCUCUGCUCAGGGUGGGGAGGGAAACUCAACCUGCCCUGCUCCGAGGGGCCCUGGUGAAGACAGCCAGGCGCGGGGGCAAGAGACUCUGCCUACACCUCCUUUUAUGCUGUCUAAUGUCCAGUAACUAGGCAGUCACACCCAGGGACUGUUCCCGGCGCCAUGUAAUCCCACCAACAGCCAACAUCCAGAGACUAUAAAAACCAAACACCCAGGCAUCUUAUAGUCUAGUUCUUCUGGGAGAACCUGGUAAGCUACCAAGAAUUUCCUGCCCACAUGGGAGAGUCUCGCAAACUCCCCAUGGUGUAUUCAUAUGCCAAAACCAGUAACAAUGAUGGGUCUCAUUCCCCUGACCCUGAAAGAGCCUCCAAUUCAGCACCAUUGGGAAGGAUAAAUAAAGAGAGGCUUCUAAACUCUCAGGGCUAGGGCGAAUGGAGACCUUACUGAGACUGCUCAAGAAAUUCGAUGAUCAACAGGAUGAUGAUGAUGAAUGCAAUGAUAGCAGAACCAUAUUGAAGACCCUUGCUGCUAUCGGGGCAGGGUUUAAUUGUGCCAGUAAGAAUUAAAUACAAUUGGUGCAGAGUCUUGGGGUGCCUCCAGAAAGGAUUAUCUAUGCAAAUCCUUGUAAACAAGUGUCUCAAAUUAAGUAUGUGCCAAUAAUGGAGUCCAAAUGAUGACAUUUGAUAGUGAAGUUGAGCUGAUGAAAGUUGCCAGGGCACAUCCCAAGGCAAAGUUGGUUUUGCGGAUUGCCACAGAUGAUUCCAAAGCAAUUUGUCACCUUAGUGUUAAAUUUGGCACCAGCAGGCUGCUCUUGGAAGGGGCAAAAGAACUGAACAUUGAUGUCCUUGGUGUCAGCUUCCAUGUGGGCAGUGGCUGUCCUGACACUGAGACCUUUGUGCAGGCCACUUCUGAUGCUUGCUGUACCUUUGACAUGGUGGCUGAGGUUGGCUUCAGUAUGUAUCUGCUUGAUAUUGAUGUUGGUUUUCCUGCAUCUGAGGAUAUAAAGCUUAAAUUUGGAGAGAUCACCAGUGUAGUCAACCCAGCACUUGACAAGUAUUUUCUCUCUGACUCGGGAGUGAGAAUUAUAGCUGAGCCGGGAAGAUACUGUGUUGCCUCAGCAUUUACACUUGCAGUUAAUAUAAUUGCUAAAAAACUUGUUAUAAAGGAACAGAUGGGCUCUGGUGAUGAAGAUGAGCCGAGUGAACAGACCUUUACGUAUUAUGCGAAUGAUGGAGUAUAUGGAUCAUUUAAUUGCAUCCUUUGUGAUCAUGCACACGUGAAGCCUCUUCUGCAAGAGACCCAAACCAGAUGAGACUAUUACUCCUCUAGCAUAUGGGGGCCAACAUGUGAUGGCCUGGAUGGUAUAGCUGAACGCUGUGACCUGCCCGAGAUGCAUGAGAAUGAUUAGAUGCUCUUUGAAAACAUGGGUGCUUCAUGUAUGUUCAUCGCAGCACUGUUUACAAUAGCCAGAAUCUGGAAAAAACCCGAAUGCCCCAGAACGGAUGACUGGUUGAGGAAACUUUGGUACAUCUAUACAAUGGAAUACUAUGCAGCUGUUAGAAAAAAGGAGGUCAAGAAUUUUGUAGUCAAGUGGAUGGGCAUGAAAAGUUCCAUGCUGAGUGAAAUGAGUCAGAAAGAGAGAGACAGACAUAGAAAGAUUGCACUCAUCUAUGGUAUAUAGAAUAACAGAGUGGGAGACUAACACCCAAGAACUGUAGAAAUAAGUACCAGGAGGUUGACUCCAUGGCUUCGAGGCUGGCCUCACGUUCCGGGGAAAGGUCAACUCAGAGAAGCGAUCACCAACUACAUUGUAGUCGAAGGCCAUGUGGGGGAAGGGAGUUGCGGGCUGAAUGAGGGCUAGAGACUGAGCACAGCGGCCACUCAACACC